AUGCAGCGAAUCGGUGACUUAUUCCGAAUACGACAAUCUCUACCUUAUACAAGGCUCAAUGGCAAUACGACAGCCUAUGUGAGACAUAAAUGCUGGCGGCCAUCUGUGGUGCUAAAGUGGAUCGUUCUUUUGGCUCCCGUUGUUGUGUUGGCCUUUUUCGCUCUAUUCAAUCUCCAAUUGAACAUUCGAGUCUACAUUCGCAACUGGAUCUCGCAUGCAGAUGAAGCAUACAAGAAACCACUUAACGGCUGUUUCAAUCGCUUACCGGAGGACAGCUUGUAUCAUACUGGCGUCAGUGAAUAUACCUAUGAUAUCACCCCUGGUGUCGCUCUUCUUGAUGGCUUCGACUGUUAUGAUUUUGCUGCCACCAUCCAACCCACCAACAACACGAGCAGCAGCAACAACAAGAGGACCAUUUAUCAUGCUUAUUGGCGAGCUGAUCUGUCACCCGUCGGUCCAAAGCAACUUGCAGUGAUCCGAUCAUUCUUUGCUACACAGAAUCCAGACACCGCUGUUUUGUACUUGUGGUCAAAUGGCGACUUGUCAACCUCUCCUAUUAUUCAAGACGUCAAAAAACAUGUUGGGGAACGGCUUCAAACGUUGAUCUAUGAUCCAAAGGAGCUCUCUAAAGGCACACCCAUGGAGAAUUCUUCUCAUCUGGACUUCAAGGAUGGAUUAGGCUAUUUGGAUGGUGACUUGAUCCGCUUAAUGGUCAUCUAUCGCUAUGGUGGCAUGUGGUUUGAUAUGGAUGCAUUGUUGAUUCGUGACAUGUCCCCGCUAUUUGAAUACGAAUGGUUAUCACAAUGGGAUUGCUUCCAGCCAGGUCAGUUCCCCUUUAAUGGCGCGUUUAUGCACUUUGCCAAGGAGUCUCCGUACUUGUGUGAAAUGCUUGCUGAGAUGGCCAAUGGACCCUUACCACGACCAGGCACAAUUGAUUGGGGAGGUUACAUGUAUUAUCGCGUAUAUCGUCGACUGCUCUAUCAUGGUAUACGACCAUGGUCGGUCAUUCCCUGGUGCUUCACCGAUUCUAUGGUAUGCACUCCAAGUAACUCGAUGCCAGGCGCUUUCGAUGAGGUGGAAUUCGAUGAAGAAAAGCUUUUACAGACGUUUGCUUAUCAUUGGCAUAACCAGUGGUCCAAAACACCAGGUUCAUUGUUUAGAUUUUUAGAAAACAGACAUAAAAAUAUUACUGGAUGGUAG